AUGAACGAAUGCAUUUCAUUUAAUCCAACUAAAUCAUAUGAAAAAGCUUUAGAUUUUGUUCAUGAAAUUGAAAACUCUACAUCUAUCAAACUAUUUACUUAUAACCAAACUGAUGUUGAUGACAUGAAACAGCAAAUACCACGUACAUUAAAAACAGUCAAUGGAACAGCAGAACUUCAUGAAAUAAUUGCUCAAGCAGAUAGGUUAAUUUUUGGUAAAAAAACAUCCAAUCAAUCACAAUCACCAUUGACAUUAAGAUCUUAA